UUGAAAGGCUACUGCAAUUUUGUGAAAUCCUUUGUUGCCAUUUCAAAAUCAUUUCCACUUACCCAGUUGCAGUGCUCUAACCUCCGCCGCUUCUCAUUUCGUUGUUCUUCCUUCACUGUCGCCGCGAUCUUCUUCAUCGUUUAUUUCUUCUUCUUUUGUUAGAACCUUCCUCAUGAUCGAUUUCACAAUUUCUCCCCUACGCCCUCCGUCAAAAUUGGUCACCCUCUCGAAACCCUAAUUCCCGGUCUCUUCAUUUCGAUGAACGAAGAUAUGGAUGUAGCAGCCGUCGGAGUUAGUGUUGAAGGGGGGAUCAUGACGUCGCCGGCGGUUAGCGCGACUUUGACUGCAAGCGCCCCGCCGCCUUUUCUCAGCAAGACCUAUGACAUGGUGGAUGACCCGGCGACUGAUGCAAUCGUCUCAUGGGGGCCUGGGAACAAUAGUUUUGUGGUAUGGAACGUGCCGGAGUUUUCGAGAGAUCUUCUUCCCAAGCACUUCAAGCACAACAACUUCUCGAGCUUUGUCCGCCAGCUGAACACCUACGGUUUCCGGAAAGUUGAUCCAGACAAAUGGGAAUUUGCAAAUGAGGGUUUUUUGAAAGGCCAAAAGCAUUUGCUGAAGAGCAUCAACCGGAGAAAACCCUCCAAUGCUCAUACCCAGCAGCAGCAGCAGCCGAAUGCACCCAGUGGUGCUGUAGGAGCUUGUGUUGAGGUGGGCAAGUUUGGGCUAGAGGAAGAGAUUGAAAGGCUUAAGAGGGACAAGAAUGUUCUCAUGCAGGAACUUGUCAGACUUAGACAGCAGCAACAGGGAACAGAUCUUCAGUUACAAACUUUAACUCAAAGACUUCAGGGAAUGGAACAGCGCCAGCAACAGAUGAUGUCAUUCUUGGCCAAAGCCAUGCAAAGUCCUGGUUUCUUAGCACAACUAGUACAGCAGCAUGACAGCAGCCGUCGUGUUGUUGGAGUUGUUGGCAAAAAACGAAGGCUCCCUAAGCAAGAAAACAAUUUGGAUGGUGAGAUCAGUGCCUCCCAAGACGGUCAAAUAAUCAAGUAUCAGCCCCUGAUGACUGAAGCAGUAAAAUCAUUGCUAAUGCAGAUUCUUAAGUGUGAAUCAUCUUCAAUGCUGGAAACCCGGGCCAACUCUGAUGGUUUUCUUAUUGAGAAUUUCUCUUCGCAUGAUGGCUUGAGAGCUUCUGAAAACCGGAAUUCAUGUUUUACUCUCAAAGAGUUCCCUGCACCAUGCUUACCAUCAAGCUCUUGCUUUCCAGCAAUUCACCCAUCUUCCGCAGGAAUUUCUGACAUGCCGGCACCAUCCAAAUUCCCUGGCAUUGAUUUGCUUUCUGUUGUACCAGAAACUAUGUCUUCUAGCUCAACAAGCAUGAGUGCUCAUGAAUCCACAAAGAUUCCAGGAAUAAUGCCUAAUGAUGGCAGCCUUGAUAUUGCAGUUGAUAGCCUUGUGCCAUUGGUACCAGAUAUGUUUCUUGGUCAAUUAGUUGAUGAUUCGAUUCCAAUUGAAACGGAGAACUUCUCCAUCAAUUCAGGGAUUGGCAUUCCCACUGAAGAUGACUCGAAGCUUCCUUGCAUCAAUGAUUCGUUCUGGGAGCAGUUCCUUGUGGACAGUUCACUGUCAAGUGAUGUUGCUCAGGAAGUUGACUCGAGCAUCCAGGAAACAAGCGACAUGCAUCCAGAAAUGGAAACUGUUUGGGACAGUACUCAGCACAUGCAACAUCUAACCGAGCGGAUGGGGCUUCUGUCACCUGAGGCUAAGACAUGAUUCAUGUGCUGCUGACUUUUCGUAGUGUCCGGCAAUCUGUGGAUUUUCUUGAAAUUCGCUGGCGAGUUUUAUUUCCGGAUGCCAUAUAUAGUCGAGCAAAAGGUGCAGCGGUAGUUUUGCUGUGUUCCAAUAUAUUGCGAAGUUGAUCUUGUGUUCCUGUUCACCUAGCUUCAACAGGAGCAUUUUUUUUUCUUUUUUCUUUUUCUUUUUUGGCGUGAAAUGAUUGACAUGUGAUUAUAUAUAUGAAGCCUUUUUUUUUUUCUUUUGUUUUUGCCAAGUCGAAGAAUGAAUUUCUGGCUAGCGUAUGGAAAAAAUUUACCGCACGUAGAGCUUCGUAGCGUACGGGCUCCAAGAAAAUUAAGACACCCAGA